AUGAAAACUCUGAGUGUGCACGAUGAAGAAUUAUUAAGUUUGGUCAAGGAAGAAGAAAUCGAAAACGAGAUUGAACAAGCUGAUAUAUUUAAGGAACGAUUACAACACUCGAUAGUAAGCAUCGAAAUGGCACUAGAGAAAAUUGCAAACGAGACAUUGGCUCAUGGUAGCACUGUUAGUGGCACAUCACCCAGCUCGUCUAAU